CUCUCCCUCAACCAUGACCAGCCAAAACAGACUUUGAUGUUUGAUCUCACUUAAAGUAGCAUGCAAUGAAUUGACUUAGUUAAGCAGUUUUCUACACAUUUUGUUAAAUACAUAUGUUUUAACACUUGGAAAACUAACUGUGUUUCAGAAGUUUAUAAACUGAACGCAGAAACACCAAUACUUAAUUUUUUUAUGCAGGGUUUGAAACUUUCAGUUGAAACCCUAAUUUGAAACCUUCCUCCAUUCAUUCUGCAAUUCAUGUCUUACCAUGCCAGACUUAACAGGGAAAACAUAUAAAAAGAAAAAGAAGCAUUAUUACUGCUCAUGUUAAUUCUAGUAAAUUUUGCUUCAUGAGAAUAAUAUAAUUGAAUCCUAUGAGAGGAGGAGGUUCCUGUAGGCGCGCCUUAAUGCAAAAAAUUUGUUCAUCAGGCCAUGUAUGGGGGACGGUUUUGAUCCGCAGGCAUCUCCUAAGGGACCAAUUUGACCAAUUAUCUUCGUCAUUCUUGCUAUUGAAUCGAUCAGAUUUUUACAAGGAUGAUUUAGGGUUUAGAAGGUUUUCAGCAUUGAAGAACCCUAUUGGGUUUGCAAAUUAUUUGAGGGGCAGUCAGGCAGAGGCUUCCGAGAAUGAAGGGGAUGAAAUUAUAAAAUAUAAAGAUCAAAGAAAAGAUGAAAAGAAUCGGACAUGUGUUCGUUCAAAUUGGGUUAGCUCUGUUGGUUCUUUCAAAUAUUCUUCACAUGGAGUAUCGAGAGCUAGAGCCAUUUGGGCACUUGGAUUCAAGCCAACGGACAUCAAACUGCCGAACGAACUGUCUUCUCGAUUUUAUUGCUCAGAUACCGCUAUUGAUAAAUCCCCCAAGGAAGAGAUUGUGGAUCCAAGCCAAAGGGCAGUCAUUACUGCAAUGUGGUGCAAUUUCCUGGUUUUCUCUCUCAAAUGUGGAGUAUGGCUAAUGACAGCAAGCCAUGUAAUGCUUGCCGAGGUUGUCCACUCAGCUGCAGAUUUUGCAAAUCAGGCUCUUCUUUAUUAUGGUCUUAAUAGCUCAAGACGUGCUCCUGAUGCUCUUCACCCUUAUGGCUAUUCAAAGGAACGGUUUGUCUGGUCAUUGAUUUCUGCUGUUGGUAUUUUCUGCCUCGGUUCUGGAGCCACCAUUGUUCAUGGAAUUCAAAACUUAUGGGUCACACAGCCUCCCACAAACAUUUUCUUGGCAGCUUUAGUUAUUGGCGGAUCAUUUGUCAUGGAAGGUGCUUCUCUUGUUGUAGCAUUAGGUGCUGUUCGGAAGGGUGCUGCAGCGGAAGGAAUGACUGUGCGUGAUUAUGUAUGGCGUGGUCAUGAUCCUACUUCUGUGGCAGUAAUGAUGGAGGAUGGUGCUGCAGUUACUGGCUUAAUCAUCGCUGCUUUAUCCUUGGUUGCAGUUAAUCUAACUGGAAAUCCAAUUUAUGAUCCAGUUGGAUCUAUUUUAGUGGGGCAGUUACUUGGAAUGGUUGCAAUAUUCCUGAUUCAGCGAAAUCGGCAUGCAUUGCUUGGUAGGGCAAUUGAUCCACAGGACAUGGAGCGUGUCCUCAGUUUUCUAGCCUCUGACCCGGUAGUUGAUGCUAUUUAUGAUUGCAAAAGUGAAGUAAUAGGUCCUGGUUCCUUUAGAUUCAAGGCUGAGAUAGAUUUCAAUGGAGUGGCGAUUGUUCAGAACUAUCUUCAACGCACAGGGCGUGAAGCAUGGGCUCGAGAGUUUCGGGAGGCAGUGAAGAACACAGAGGAUUCUGCACUUGAUGAUAUCAUGGCAAAUUAUGGUGAAGAGGUGGUUGCAGCCCUAGGUUCUGAGGUUGACAGGUUGGAGAAAGAAAUCCAGCGAAUUGUUCCUGGAAUUCAACAUGUUGACAUUGAAACCCAUAAUCCUAAUGGCCCAUCACCAUGAGAGAUGAUAUUGUUUAUCCACUGAGAAGAUCCAUACUAUCCUAUGCUUGAUGUAUGCCAUUUGGAUAUUUUUGUCAAAGAUCCACAUUGGAGGCCUCUAUUAUGCACACAGGUCCUAAGUGGUCAAGUUUUCAACAUGACCCCUGGUAUGACCACUCAUUGAGCAGAUUUUUUGCUGAAGAUGUGCCAAUUUGACUGGAAAGAAUGAUCAAGCUAAUUUUCCAAAUCUGGUUUUGAAUACCAAGUUGCCACUUGCUUGGUAUUGAGAACAUCCAACAGAAAAGUAAUGAGAUUUGAUCUCUCAAAUUUACUGCUUUUAUUUUCUAUUGAUUUGUAUCAAGUGAGAAUUGGCAGGCUGAUCCAUUAACCACGCUUGCCUAUCCUUGCUCAGCAAGUUUUCUCUUGUCUAUUGGCUUCACUUUUAUUUAUGGGAACGGAAUAUUAAUGAAUAAUUGACAAAGCCAAUCGCAGUAUAAGGAUUAUUGAUAAUUCAAAGAUGAGAAUUGUCUUUCUCA